AUGAUCAACGACCAAUCAACGUCUAUCCGUGAUCUACCAGAUGGUAGUAGACAUUCGACCUUGGACUCGACUGUCAAUCCUCCCGCUCUUGCUGAUGAUCCAAACCCACCAGUCGACCCUAAUGCUCUGGGCUGUCCUGCGCCAAGCAAAAAGAGCCAGCCGGGGUCGAUAGGUGACGAAAAUGAAGAACGAUUUCGAAACCUUGCAGAAGCUGUGCGGAUAAUAUUGAAGUGCGUCGGAGAAAACCCAGAGCGAGAGGGUCUACUCCAGACUCCAGAGCGAUACGCCAAGGCUAUGCUAUAUUUCACGAAGGGCUAUGAGGAGAGAGUUGAGGAUCUGGUUAAUGGGGCUAUUUUCCAAGAGCAACAUGAUGAAAUGGUCAUUGUGAAAGAUAUCAAUAUCUCUUCUCUAUGCGAACAUCAUAUGGUUCCAUUUACUGGAAAGAUGCACAUCGGGUAUAUCUCAGAUCGCCGUGUCCUUGGUCUCUCCAAACUAGCCCGACUGGCGGAAAUGUUCGCUCGUAGACUCCAAGUUCAAGAGCGUUUGACUAAAGAAGUUGCUAUUGCCAUUUCUGAUGUACUUAAGCCCCAAGGUGUCGGCGUCGUGAUGAGCUCCUCCCACUUUUGCAUGGUUAUGCGAGGUGUACAGAAGGUUGAAAGCACCACCACCACUAGCUGCAUGCUAGGAUGCAUGCGCUCAAACGCACAGAAUAGGGAGGAGUUUCUGGCAAGUUUAGCUCGAACUUGA